GUUAUAUAGCACUGUGAACUUUCCAUGGACAAUUAACUUCGCUAGUGGACUGCCGCUGCUGUCGCGUCGCCUCGUCUCGCGUCGUCAGCGAGUAAUUGAAUGUAUCCGGUUCUGAACGCGACCAACUCCAAAGCGACGAGCGAAUACGUGUAUUUGGAGACUAUUCGAAUAGAAAUUCGUCCGCGUUUUGCCCGAUUCAAAUUUCUGUUUCGGUUCGCAUUUUUAUCGAACACAUUUGGGAUACCAUCGUGUCUCUUAACUCAGUGAUCUUGGAGAAAACUUCAUCGCAAAACGGACAUCGUCAGUUCUAGCAGAUGUGGACGAAGAACAUGUGGACUGUGUGGAUAGCGGCAUCCCUUCUUGGGUACAUCCAAUUGCUUGUUCAAGGUGAUGCUAACGAAUGCGUGCCGCGCAGUUUCGGAACCGAUAGACUGGCAUGUGUUUGUAAUGCAACAUACUGCGACAGUACGCCCGAUAAUGAGCCAAAAAUACCUGAAAAAGGAGCCUUCUAUUGGUACGUCUCUAGCAAAGCGGGACUUAGAGUGAGCUUGAUAAAGGGAAACAUCAGUGAAAACUGCAAAAACGAAUCAAGCUCUAAUCCUGUUCUGAAUAUAAAUACAACCAAGAGAUAUCAAACGAUCCUCGGCUAUGGUGGCGCGUUUACAGACUCGACUGGAAUAAACAUCAAGAAACUCAGUCCGGCUACACAAGAUCAAUUAAUUCGGGCGUAUUACGAUCCGAAAGUUGGAAGCAGGUACUUGUUAGGUCGUAUCCCAAUUGGUGGGACCGAUUUCUCAACGAGACCGUACACGUACGAUGACCACGAGAACGACACUACGCUGGCACAUUUUGCGCUGGCCAAAGAGGAUUACGAUUACAAAAUACCAUACAUUAAGAGGGCGCUCGAACUAAAUCCUGAUGUGAAGUUUUUAAGCGCUGUGUGGUCACCUCCAAUCUGGAUGAAAACAAAUGAAAAGAUCAACGGAUUUUCUUUCUUGAAGGAAGAAUAUUAUCAAAUUUAUAGCGAUUACAUAAUGAAGUUUCUGGAUGCAUACAAAGACAAUGGGAUUAAAAUGUGGGCAGUUUCGACCGGUAACGAGCCAAUGAGUACCUACGUACCAGGCAACAAACUUAGCGACUUGGGAUGGACACCGAGAACUAUGGGCAAAUGGGUCGUCGAGAAUCUCGGCCCGACCCUCGCUAAUUCUAAACAUAAUGACACGCUGAUCAUUGCUCUAGACGAUCAGAGACUCAGUAUACCUUGGUUCAUGUACAUAUUAUAUGAAGAGCACGAGGAAGCGAAGAACUAUAUUUCCGGAACGGCUGUCCAUUGGUAUUUCGAUUACUUAGUAAGACCCGUGGUACUGGACAGUCUGCGUGACUUAAAUACGGAUAAAUUUAUUUUUAUGACCGAAGCCUGUAUAGUGGGAGAAGUCGAAACUGUUCUUAUUGGAUCAUGGGACCGUGGAGAAAGAUAUAUUUUGAGUAUAAUAGAGUACAUGAAUCACUGGUCCAUCGGUUGGGUGGACUGGAACUUGGCUUUGGACAAAGCGGGUGGCCCGAAUUGGAUUAACAAUUUCGUCGACGCACCCAUUAUCGUAAAUCCAGACACCGACGAGUUUUACAAGCAACCAAUGUACUAUGCGUUAAAACACUUCAGCAGAUUCGUGGACAGAGGUUCGGUGCGGGUUUCAAUUACCGAUACCGACUCAGUCAAAUCUACAGCCUUUGUCACGCCCUCGAACGAAGUCGUCAUCGUCUUAUACAACAAAAAUGCUACUGCAGCAAACGUUGCACUGAACGAUGAAAAUGGACGGUCCAUUUGUUUGGAACUACCCGCUAAGUCCAUGAGCACUGUGAUCUAUGCACUAUGAAACUUACAUACAAUUAACCGCAGCCUUGGUAUUUAAUAGGCGAACAUUAUUUUUAGAAAUUACGCGCACUAUCUCCGAUCUAAUUACCGAUUGUAACGAAUAUAUUUUAGAAUUAUAAUACAAGCAAAUAAAAAAUUGUGAAAUAAA